CACACACACACACACACACACACACACACACACACACACAGUCAGAUCUCAGUAAACAAGCUGGUGAAAGUGAGCAGAAAGCAGGACGUUAACAGGAACUCACAGGAGCAGAGAUGGGCCCUGGGAGGAAGCUGGACGUCCCGGUGAGUGACCUCUCUCUGAUCAGAGACAUCUGGGAGGUCCGAGUGAAGAAAUACAGACAUAAACAGAAGAAGGAGCAAGAGAGGAUCGAGAUGAGCGCAUUGCCCAAGAUCGAACAACAGUGGCAGUAUCGUAUUUACUGUAAGGCCCUGAAGACCAAGGAACUCAACCAGCUGCAUCAUUACCUGGAGAGAUCAACACUGACUGAUAUACAGCCCUGCACAGAAGCAGAGCAGCAGGAUCAGAAAGGGCUAGAUCAGGAGCAGAAGCUGAUCUUCCAGCUGGAGGGAGAUCGGUGGAUGGAUUUCCCCAAGGAGUUGCAGUGGAUGACGUACCUGAAAGAAUGGCACGUCAGUGGGACAAAGAUCAGUCGGGUGCCUGAGUACCUGGGUCUGUUCACCCAGCUCACCGUGCUUGAGAUCCCCAAAAACGCCAUCGCCGAGCUGCCACCUGAGAUCGGAAAACUGACAGCUUUGAGGGAAUUAAAUGCCAGCUACAACUGUCUGUCCAGAGUUCCUCCAGAACUCGGAAACUGUGAGAACCUGAAGAGACUCGAACUCACAGGAAACCACAACCUGUCCCAGCUGCCGUUUGAGCUGAGCAGCCUAAAGCAGAUGGCUCACCUGGACAUUGCUGAAAACAGUUUCACAUCGAUCCCCAUCUGCGCUCUGAGGAUGAGCGGCCUGCAGCUGCUGGACCUGAGCAACAACAGACUGACUGACCUGCCGCAGGACAUGGACAGGUUGGAGCAGCUGGUCACCCUGUUUGUCCAUAAGAACAACCUGUCUUACCUCCCUCACUGUCUCUGCAACAUCUCCACACUCAAGAUGAUUGUUGUCAGUGGCGAUGAGCUCACCAGCAUACCGACUAAACUGUGCAGAAACCCCGAAAUCAAGUUUAUCCGACUGCGAGACAACCGCGCAAGCGCAGAAAAGAAGAAGAAAGAAGAGGAGAAGAAAAAAGAAAAGAUAAAGAAAGAGAGGUGGAGACAGCAGAGGGAGGAGGAGGUGAAGAAGGACAGCAGAGAGAAGGAGUUCAUCGAGGUGUACAUCGACUCGCUGAAGGGCAGAGACACGGUCCCUGAAUCCACCACCAAGGUUUCCAUCUCCUGUCUGCUGUGAGAAAGAGGAGCUGGAGGAGGAGGAAGAUGAGGAUGAAGCUGACAUCUUCAUCAUGUGAAAGACUGAAAGAUAAUUUGAAGCAGGUUUUUCAAAGCAGCACUAGAAAAGAUUAAAAAAUCACAAUAAAAUAGUUUCAUUCAUGGGAUACCAGACACAUCUAUGAAACGCAUUGCAUUGUGGGAUUGUUAGCAGAAAGUAAUGUUGGCCUACAUGCUGUUGACAAAAGCUUAACACUGAAGUUCAUAUCUGCCAGUGCCAAGGGGAAAAAAAGGGCCAAAAUUAUAACUUAUGACCUAAAAAGUGGAGUUUUAAUGUCAAAAUUGAGCUCAAUGUUCAAUCCAUACAAAAGAUGUACUUAAUAAAAAAAGAUUUACUUCAUCACUUUGUGACACUCAAAGUUAGAGAAAAUUGAAUCCAAUGUGUAUGAAAUUAUAUUAUAGAGCUGAUCUGAGAUCAGUCUUUUAUUUCUUCCACGACAAGAAUAAAAAGCUCAUGUUAAGUUAUAGUUCUGACACAUUGUGCCAAAGUUAAAAUGAUUUAAAUUCAUGAAUUUGAGAAACUAAGUCUAUCUUCUGACAAGUUAACACUGACAUUUUAACUAUAAAAUACUCUGUUAAAAAGUCAAUUGAAAAAAAUAAAUGAAAACUUUGAGGAAAUUGUGAGAGUCAAAAGUAUGUCGUAUUAAAAUCCAGAUUAUUAAACAUUAUAUUUUCACUAUUUUAGAAGUUUGACUUCAUUUCAUCUAUUCCCCCCCCUUGUCAGUAAUGAACUUCCAUAGUUUAAACGACUGAAGGCUGUUUUUGAAACAGUUAUCUGCAUCUAUUUCUGCCGAUGGAUACUUUUUAAAUUUGAUGCUUGAGUGUUUUAUAAGUAAAUUUCUCCAUUUAAAAAAAAAAAAAAAAAAAAAAAAAAACCUUUUCAUUCCAAAAUCAGAUUUCCAACAUAUAAACAGUUCGACGUCAACUCAUUGAAGUUCACUGCUUCACUAUAAACCGUGAUCACAAACCUACUUUACAAUGUCAUGUUUUGAACCGUUAAUCUCGGAGCAGCACACUCUGUGCAGCCAAUGUGAGGAUUUUGAUUCAAUGUUUUGUUUUCUCCACACAAACACAUUGGAGACAUUUUUGGGAGAAACUGAAUUUUAUGGUUGAGGGUGGAAAUGUAAAUGUGACCAAACAGAAACGAGGCUGAACAUCAGA